AUGGAUCUUUGGAGGCCUCCAGAGCAAGCACUAUCAACGCCUGCAAAUGACCCAGGUAUUACAAUCGAUAGAAGUAUAACACCAAAUAAACGUGAUUCUGCAGCCGUAAUGAUGAUUCAUAAAAUUCGAAAUGGAAUAUCAAAUGAUACAGUUGAUGGUUUUUGCGAUUUAUUUAAUGGCAUGAAAACAGAUAACUUUUGUCAUUCGUCAGAUGCUGUGAAACGAAAUUUAACAAGUAAACAUGAAAAUUUUAAAAAAUUACAAACUGAAUAUUCGAUAUGUGAACAAUGUAAAUUGGCUGUUGAAACAAAAUUAGCAAAACGCAAAUUAUGUUCAAAAUGA